CUUAACCGUUACAGAGACAGCGCAAGAAAAGGUAAAGCAGCGAUCGCCUACAAUCGAACGAAAUAGUUACCUAGCUUAUCAAUUAUCGCUUCAACAAAAAUGAAAACGUACAGCAGAAAGAAAACCGACUGUCUAGAACCCGACAGCGAGGAAGUAAUCAUAGAUUUGAAUGAAAUCUGCAGAUUGUGCAUGAGCAAGGAGGAUGAAUUGGUGCCCAUUUACCAAGAGGAGGAUGCAGUGCCCAUUACGCUCAAAAUUAUGGCUUGCGUCGCUCUCGAGGUUUUCGAAGGCGAUGGCCUGCCGGAUAAAAUUUGCCGCCCGUGCAAAUACCAACUGGAAAAGUCCUAUCACUUCCGGAAGAAAUGCGAAGGCACCGACUUGAAGCUUCGCUUGCACCUAAGAGACCUACCUGAAGACGAAUGCGACGAGGAGAUCAACACCAGCAACGACUCGACCAACGAGGAUAGCCAGUCAGCUGAAGUCAAAGAAACCGAAUGCGAACCGAGCACCGAACAAGACUUAGUCGGUGUAACGAAGGUAGCUUACAUCCAACAAGAGCAGGAAAUCGAACAGGAUCCCGAAAACAUAACGUUGCCGAAAGAAAACGACGAAGAAGACAAAGUAGCUUGUACGUUAAGCGGCGAUCUCCUAAAAACCGAUGAAGAAAUAGAGGAGGAGAUAAUUUACGAUAUCGAAGAGGAUCAAUCGAGUAGUCUAGAUGAUACAAACAUGGAUGUUAUAGCCGAUGCUGUCAAGGCCACGUUGACGAAUCAAACUGGCCUCAACCUGCAAGGGCAAGUCCAGAUGAAAUUGAAUCAAUCCGAGGGGAAAUCUACGCAGGUGGAAGUGACGACAGAGGACGGUUCGGUUAUAGUUAUGGAACUGCUAACGGAAGAAGAUGCCGAAGCAGUAAGGCCCGAUGUAGCUCCUAUAGUUAACGCCGACGGUGAAUUGAACAUAUUCCAAUGUCCCAAUUGUCCUAAAUCGUUCAACAGGAGGAUACAGCUCAAGAGACAUUCGUCUGUUCACAUGCAACAAAGAGGUUUCAGUUGCGGUAUAUGCGAAAAAUGGUUUCCCACUCGUUCCGCUUUGACUCGACACGAGCGUAUCCAUACGGGAGAACGACCAUUCCAAUGCGAAGUAUGCCAAAAGAGUUUCACGCAAAAAGAAAUCUUGUUCAGGCAUUUAAUGACCCACUCGGGCGCCAAGCCGUUCAUGUGCCCGCACUGCGAGAUGGGUUUCUCGCAGAAAGAAUCCUUCCGCGUGCAUUUGAGGACCCACACGACGACCACGGCUACUCCUACGGACAUUCAAUUGCAUUAUUGCUCGCUGUGUCCCAAGGUAUUCUGUCACGCUUCGGGUCUCAGCAGGCAUUUGGUCACACACACCGGUAAAACUUUUAAAUGCAGAGUUUGCGAUAAAUCGUUCACCGAUAAGAGCUGCUUAAGGAGGCAUUAUUAUCAAACUAACCAUCAAUAAAUUUGUAUUUAUUUAACCGUUCCUGUAAAUGGUUUUUAAUGGAAGAGCAAGUAUAUGGCUUGUAUUAAUUGUAUACUGUAUUGUUGGAGAAAUUGAUUUUGAAAUUUAUAUUAAUAUGUAUUAAUGAAAACUGAUUGUAAUUAGUUGUUGUAAUAUUUAAACGUGAAUGUAAUAGUUUUUUAAAACUUUUGGGAGUUGUUCAAAUAUUAUAUAGAAGGUAUCGAAAA